UAAUGUGAUACGGACUCGUUUGGGGCGCUAUUAAACGCCCCUCGAGUGAUAUGAUAACGGUUUAACCGAUUAUAGCAUUCCACAAUCGGAAGGGUUGUUGCCAGUCCCACUUAGCCUACCGUAUUCUUCAGACAUGGACGAAAGUGAAAAUCACACGCCGACGAAUAGCUUAGCAUUGCUCGCAAGCAACAAACCCUCUAAGAAUGAGGAAAAAUUCUCUGCUUGGUGGUUGGUUGCCAUCACCGGGGCGGUAGUAGGAAUCUAUCUGCUCGUCUACUGGAAUUGGAUGGCAAUGCCGAUAGCUCUGCGCCGUGCAGAUGAAUCAACACAUCCGGAUCGCUUCAUCGCCGAGGUUGCUAAGCAACACCUGUUUGAGAUGAGCAAUGUCGGUCCUCGUGUGGCCGGCAGUUACGCCAACGAAAUUCUCACCGUUCAAUUUCUGUUACGCGUCAUCAAUGAAAUUACAGCCGAAGCUAACCCGGCACACCGAGUUGAAGUUGAAGUUCAGCGAGCCUACGGAUCCAUGUUUCUGGACUACGAAAAGUAUCCACAAACCAGUGUAUAUCAGGGCAUUCAGAAUGUGGUUGCUCGUAUCGUACCGUCACAGCGGACGGAUCCUGACAACUACCUGAUGCUUAGCUCCCACUUUGACAGCGUGCCGCAAAGUCCUGGAGCCGGCGAUGAUGGCACGAUGAGUGUCGUUAUGUUGGAGGUGUUGAGAAAGCUGUCGCAAAAUCCACACCCAUACAAUCAUGGUAUAGUGUUCGUAUUUAACGGUUGCGAAGAGAACACCCUGCAGGGAUCCCAUGCAUUUGUGGCACAUCAUCGAUGGUUUGAGAAGGUGCGUACGUUCAUCAACAUGGACGUUGCGGCAAAUGGAGGUCGUGAUAUCAUGUUUCAAGCCGGGCCGAAGUAUUCAUUUCUCAUGGAAUAUUAUAGAGAUAACGUCCCACAUCCCUACUGUACGGCUGUGGCGGAGGAGCUGUUCCAGGCGGAUCUGGUUCCGUCGGAAACGGAUUACUACGUGUACUCCAAGUACGGCAAAAUCCCAGGCAUGGAUUUCGCCCACAGUACCUGGGGCUACCUCUAUCACACAGCGUACGAUGCGUACGAUACCAUACCUAACACAACGCUCCAACACACAGGCGACAACGUGCUAGCCCUUGCCAAAGCCCUAGCCAACGCCGAGGAACUGUAUGACAUUCGUCAGCAUGAAGGCAGCAAAGCCGUAUUCUUUGAUUUUCUUAACUGGUUCCUUGUCUACUAUCCUUUAUGGGCAUCGAUCUUACUCAACAUCGGUUUAUCUGUUGUAGCUCUUGCGGCCAUCUCUUUGUCACUAUGGUUGCUGUCACGGAGCACGGAUCUUACUCUCUGGCAGUUGCUGCUGCAGUGUUUGACGGGCAUGGGUGUAGUUCUCCUGUCGAUUAUAGUCGGCAUCGGAUUGUCUUUGCUGCUCGCCGUCAUUUUAAACGCCGUCGAUUCGACGAUGACUUGGUUCACGCAGACAUGGUUGAUCUUUGGGCUCUACAUUUGCCCAUUCCUAAUAGCGACCUGCAGCGGUCCAGUUCUGUAUAUUCACUUUGUCAAAAAUGAUUGUCUGUCGCUGCACGCACGUGUUCAACUGCUGCUUCAUGCUACUUGCGCGCUGUACGUGUUGAUGCUGAUCGUUCUGACUUGUAUGAGUGUCCGAUCGGGCUACCUGCUCACGAUGGCCAUCUUGUUCUACACCGUUACAACGUUGGUGAAUGCGUUAUUCAAACGGGCGUCCUCUUAUUGGAUAUACGUCCAUCUCACAGGACAAAUCGCUCCGAUCGCAUACUUUAGCUCCGUUUCGCUCACGGCCUUUGCCACCUUUAUCCCAAUGCAGGGACGUGGUAAUGCGGGUGCCAAUCCCGAACUUCUGAUCGCACUGUUUGCUGUGCUAGUGGGACUACUGGUGACGGGUUUCCUGACGCCGCUAGUUGCUUUGGCACGUAAAGGAUACCUCUUCAUUGGUCUGGUUUUCGUUUUCUUCCUGAUUUCAAUCAUCGUAAUGGUAACCUCGGUCGGAUUUCCUUUCAGAGCUCACACCUCGCCGGAGCGAUUUUACAUCUACCAUUGUACGCGCGAGUUUUAUCAUCAGAAUGGAACACUGAGACGCCUCGAGGGUGGUUUCUACGUGCAUCCUCAAGACCGGUACACAGGCGACCUUAUCAGAGAGCUAGCGAUUAAAUCUCGGGCCAAUGCUGUACUGCUGGGCGAUCAGUGCGAAAAGGAACUAUACUGCGGCAUACCUUUCUACCAAAACUCGCACCACGGACAGCGCGAAAAUGGAUUGUGGAUCAAAGGAAACACCUUUACCGUGCCCGAAACAAUUGAUCUACAGUACAGCGGCAACCAGCAUGAUCCCAACCUCAACACGACUACAUUCUCGUUCACCGUGAAAGGCACAGACCAUAUGAGUUUCUAUGUUUCGCCGGUAAGAGGCGUAAAGCUUGUUAACUGGAGCUUUAGCAAGGACAUUCCUCGCAGUGGAUUGUCUUGGAACGGGCAGGAUGUGCACUACAUAAACUUCGUCCACGGAAUCGACGAUAAACCGCACGAGUUUUACAUUACCGUGCAAGGUUUAGCGAGCAAAUCGUCAGAGGCAGGAUGGAAUUUUUAUUUGAACGUCGUUGCGCAGUACAUGCAUCAUGAGCAGUAUCGUGCGCCGGAGUUCCAACAAUUUAUCGACCAGUUCCCCGACUAUGCACAUGUCGUUGCAUAUCCGGCUCAUCUUGUAAGUAGAAUUUUCUAAUCGUGCAGAACAUUUGCAGAAUGAACUGAAACAAUGAAUUUGCGGCAAUAAAUCUGUUAGUUACCGAAUAAA